AUGGCACAACCUCGUAUCUCAGCCUAUCUCCCCCCUGACAUAGACCCCACCAAAGCUGCUCUGGCCUUUGGGAGGAGGGCCCUUCCUAAGCUGAAUGAGGAGCUGCAGUCUCCCGAGCUGCUGACGCAGCAGCGGGCGCUGGUGGCUCUCUGCGAUCUGGUGCACGAUCCUGAACAAGUCUACCAGGCAAUAGCAUUGGGAUUCUUGGAUAGCCUGAAGGCUUUGCUGGUGCACGAGGACCAAACUGUCCGGCAGAAAACAACAGAAGUUCUCUCUGUCAUGGCUUUGCACAGUAUUGGCAGGGAAGGGCUACUACGAAGUGGAGUCAUUUCUGCCCUGGCUGGGCUCCUGGAGGAUCCAGCAGAUGUCUGUCGGAGGAACACCCAUCAGGUUUUUGACAUGCUGGCGAGAUUACCUGAAGGGGCUGCUGGUGUCCUGCAGGCUGGUUUGAUUCCCCCACUGGUCCUGAAGCUGGAGGCAGAGUUGGAUGAGAUCCAGGAGCUGAUCCUGGGUACACUCUCCAACUGCCUCCGGGUGGAGGUUUCUGAAGCCCUGGCAGCUGGUGCUGUUCCUGUGCUGAAGGAAAAGCUCUCACACCCCUCCACAGCCAUCAGGAGCAAAGCAGCCUGGGUCCUCUUAGAAAUCAGCUCUCACGCCGAGGGGAAAAUCGCCGUGUUUGAGGAGGAGGUGAUUCCUGUGCUGCUGAGCCUGCUGGAGGACACGCAGCCCGAAGUUCGAGUUAACUCAACGGGAGCGCUGAUGUUUGCUCUUGUUACGCCUCAGGGGAGAUCCACAGCCAUGGGUGCUGAAGCCAUUCCACCUUUACUGGCGCUGGUUGCUGAGGAAACCAGCAAAGCGCGUUUGAAUGCGAUCAAAGCCCUCACCCUGCUGGCUGAGCUGCCCGAGGGCCGCCAGGCGCUGCUGGAGCACAGGGACACCUUUCAGCGGUGUCUGGAGGAUCCCAGCGAGGCCGUGCAAAGAGCGGCCGAAAUCGCCAUCACCGCGAUCGACUGGAAACCCUUCUGCAGCCGCGAUCUUUUCUAG